AUGAACUCCAUCGUCAAUGGUCUCUACAACUUCGUCACAUCGACCGUCGUCCCAACGGUCACAGAGCAGGCCACCAAUUUGGUAGGAGGCGCAUCUGCGAUUGCUGGUGGAGCUGCUCAAGCUCUCACCCAAAUCAGUCAGACCGCUCUCGAAUGGGGAUCCGGGUCAGAAGAUGCGACGGCUUCAUCGGAAGUCUUCUCUUGGGAGCAGCAGAAAACCCAGUCUACUGAGCAGAAAAGUGAGGGAGAGACCAGUGUGCAUCGUGAGGAGGCUGGCCCAUCAUCUGCGAACACAUCGAUCGAAUGGGAAGUGGUUCAAGAGAAUCCAGAAGACACGGGACCAAUCAAGCACAACCAAUUCGAGAUCGUUCAAAACGACUAUGACUGGAUGAAAAACUCCAACUGA